AUGGCGAUAGGAGUGAGUUUCUCUACCGGAAUGACAUUCACAUUUGCACUGACAGUGUUGACAUUUCUAAUUUCUGACAACUUUGCAGAGGAUGGCAAGAUCUCCUUGUCACUGACUUCUUCGUGUUCACUGGCAGUGUUGAAUCAGACCUGUACAAUUGUCUGCAACGUGAGCCAUGCUGCCGGUGUUGUUGGUGAAGUGGAAUUCUUUCACAAAACUGACAACGAACUCAACGCGACUGUAGGCAAACUGGAACAGUCGAAAUCUGGAUGUUCAGUUGUUGUUGGUCCACAAGAGGGCUAUAGAACAGAGUGUGGGAUGGGAACAGACGAAGUUAAUUCGGACACCAGUGUGUACAGUAUGGUCAUUCUCAGACUAGCACGUCAUGACGCUACAGAUUGGUGGUGCACCAUGGCAGGUGUUAACAGCAACACUGUCAGUCUGGGGCUUCCUGUUAAUGGACAGUGGUCAUCGUGGAAGAAUACUGUAUCUGGACUGUGUAGUGGAUUUUGUACUAGAAGAGUGGUAUUAACUAGAACCUGCUCUAACUCUCCCCCCUCACAAGGAGGAUUGCCAUGUGAAGGAAAUGAUACUAGAAACAACACAGAGACCUGUACAGGAGAUAACUGUGGUAAGUAA